CCGUAGUGCAAAAACCGCCCUUCAAUUUCACAUCGAGUGUAGAAAAGAGGGAGAGGACUGCCCUUCUGUAUAAAAAGCAGCUCUCUUCUCCGAUUCGAGGGUUAACCCAAACACAUCCACCAACAGAACCCUUUUCUCUAUACUCUUUGGGCUUCUGGGGCCUCAUUUCUCUUACACAUAAACCCUUUUACUCUCUUUCUUGAUUUUCAAUUUACUUUGAUGUUUAUGAAUCCCUUGUUAAUCUCUACACAACUAGUAUAAAGGAGUGUAGAGGAGUAAAGAAGAAGGUUUGUGAAUCUUAUGGCGGGUACCCUAAGAUCGAGCUUGCCGUCGAGGUUACGGCAGCUUUUAUCCGGUGAAGGACCUAUCGGUCCGAAUGUUAAACUUGACUCCGAGACUCCCCCAAAAGUGAAGGCAUUCAUCGACAAGGUGAUUCUGUGUCCAUUGCAAGACAUAGCAAUCCCUCUUUCAGGUUUCCACUGGGAGUACAGCAAGGGAAAUUUUCAUCAUUGGAGGCCACUGUUUCUGCAUUUUGAUACAUACUUCAAGACAUACUUGUCUAGCAGGAAAGACCUUCUUUUAGCAGAUCCUUUAGAAGAUGAUGCCCCUUUCCCUAAACAAUCUGUUCUUCAGAUUCUGCGUGUCAUGCAAAUAAUUCUAGAGAAUUGUCACAACAAAAGUUCCUUUGAUGGUUUAGAGCAUUUCAAGCUGUUGCUUGCAUCAGCAGACCCCGAGUAUAGUGUGCUCCCUGAGCACAGGUUCUCAUUGCUGACUAGGGUUAGAUAUGCUCACGCGUUUCGUUCUCCAAGAAUCUGCAGGCUAUACAGCAAGAUAUGCCUUCUUGCUUUUAUAGUUCUUGUUCAGUCAAGUGAUUCACAUGAUGAGCUGGUGUCCUUUUUUGCUAAUGAGCCGGAGUAUACAAAUGAGCUGAUCAGACUAGUGAAAUCUGAAGAUACGAUACCUGGAACAAUUCGUACGCUUGCAAUGCAUGCUCUAGGAUCCCAGCUGGCUGCAUAUUCAUCUUCUCAUGAAAGGGCACGCAUUCUGAGUGGUUCAAGCAUCAGUUUUGCUGGUGGAAACCGCAUGAUUCUUCUUAACGUGCUGCAAAGGGCGAUUUCGUCUUUGAGCAACUCUAGUGAUCCCUCGUCCAUCGCAUUCGUUGAGGCACUUCUUCAGUUCUAUUUGCUUCAUGUCAUAUCCACAUCAAGUUCCGGGAGUGUUAUACGGGGAUCAGGAAUGGUUCCGACUUUUUUACCUCUUUUAGAGGACUCGGAUCCUUCGCACAUGCAUCUCGUCUGUUUAGCUGUGAAGACACUGCAAAAGCUCAUGGAUUACAGCAAUUCGGCUGUGACUCUGUUUAAAGAUUUGGGAGGGGUAGAGCUUCUAACCAACAGAUUGCAGAUAGAAGUAGGUAGGGUGAUUGGUUCAGAAAUAGGAGAUGACAAUACUUCGAUGAGCAUCGGGGAGUCCUCAAACACUAAUGUUGACUGGCUGUAUUCUCAGAAGCGGCUCAUUAGGGUUUUAUUGAAAGCACUUGGCUCUGCUACUUACGCCCCAGCAAAUUCUACAAGACCUCAAGGGGGUCAUGAUGUUUCGUUGCCUGCCACUCUUUCCAUGAUCUUUGGAAAUGUGGAUAAGUUUGGAGGUGAUAUCUAUUCCGCAGCUGUCACUGUCAUGAGUGAAAUGAUCCAUAAAGACCCCACCUGUUAUGCUUCGUUGGAUGAAUUAGGCCUUCCAGACGCGUUUCUAGAGUCGGUGAAAGCUGGAGUUGUACCUUCUUCAAAAGCUCUUACUUGUGUUCCCAAUGGUAUUGGGGCUAUCUGUCUUAACACCAAAGGCCUAGAGUCUGUUAGAGAAACUUCAGCAUUGAAGUUUCUGGUUGAUAUUUUCACCGAUAAGAAAUAUGUACUUGCAAUGAAUGAUGGAAUUGUGCCUUUGGCGAAUGCUGUUGAGGAGCUUUUGCGUCAUGUUGCUUCACUCAGAGGUACCGGUGUAGACAUGAUCAUUCAGAUUGUUAAUAAAAUUGCUUCCAUUGAGGAUGGUAAGGGCAGAGGAAAACUGGGGAAAGUUAACAAUGAGAGUAAUUCUAUGGAUAUGGACAUGGAAGAUAAGGAAAAUGUAGGUCCGGUUCUUGUUGCUGCUGCGGAUUCGGUUUCUGAAGGAGUUGGUGAUGAGCAGUUUAUCCAGUUAUGCAUCUUUCAUGUGAUGGUCUUGGUUCAUAGAACAAUGGAGAAUGCUGAAACGUGCAGGCUGUUUGUUGAAAAAGAGGGGAUCGAAGCUUUGUUGAAGCUUUUGUUAAGACCAAGUAUAACACAGUCAUCAGAAGGGAUGUCGAUUGCUUUGCAUAGCACCAUGGUUUUCAAGAGUUUUACGCAACAUCACUCUGCUCCAUUAGCACGUGCCUUUUGUUCUGCUCUUCGUGAUUAUCUCAAGACAACUCUGACAGGAUUUGGUGUUCUUUCUGGAUCCUUUCUGCUCGACCCCAAAGCGACUCCAGAUGCUGGAGUUUUCCCUUCGCUUUUUCUUGUUGAAUUCCUUCUGUUUCUUGCUGCUUCUAAAGACAACCGAUGGGUCACGGCAUUGCUUCAAGAAUUUGGAAACGAUAGCAAGGAUGUUUUAGAAGAUAUCGGGCGUACUCACCGUGAGAUUUUAUGGCAGAUUGCACUGCUUGAAGAUGCCAAAUUUGAAACCGAUGAUGACAGUGACAGAUCAAGACCCUCCGAAUCCAAUGCAUCAGAAUCCGAGGAGCAAAGAUUCAAUUCCUUCAGGCAGUUUCUUGAUCCUUUAUUGAGAAGAAGGAUGUCCGGAUGGAGUUUCGAAUCCCAGUUUUUUGAUUUGAUCACUCUGUAUCGCGAUCUUACCCACGCGUCUGGUGUUCCACAACGAACAGAUGGUCCUUCAGCCCUACAUCUUGGAGGGGUUCACCAAUCAGAUGUUGCUAGUGCCAGUGUUGGUUCAAGGGAAGUUGACAAGCAUAGAUCCUAUUAUUCUUCUUGUUGUGAUAUGAUGAGGUCACUCUCUCUGCACAUCACACAUCUGUUCCAAGAGCUUGGGAAAGCAAUGUUGCUUCCUUCCAGAAGACGAGAUGACAUGGUGACAGUUUCGCCUGCUUCAAGAUCAGUGGCUUCUACAUUUGCUUCCAUCACAUUGGAUCACAUGAACUUUGAAGGUCACAUGAAGCCUUCUGGAUCGGUAUCAUCCUGGUCACCAAAGUGUCGUUACCUGGGCAAGGUCAUAGACUUCAUCGAUGGGAUUCUCCUGGAAAAGCCUGACACCUGCAACCCUGUUCUAUUGAAUUGUUUAUAUGGUCGUGGUGUGCUUCAGUCGGUUCUCACCACAUUUGAAGCUACCAGUGAGUUGCUAUUCACAGUCAACAGGACGCCUGCAUCUCCAAUGGAUACCGAUGAAGGAACUCCAAAGCAUGAAUCAGAAGAAACAGUUCGUUCGUGGAUCGAUGGUCCUUUAGCCAGUUAUGGCAAACUCAUGGAUCAUCUGGUCACAUCAUCUUUUAUUCUGUCGCCAUUCACGAAACAUUUUCUUACACAGCCCCUUGUAACUGGCGAUAUUGCUUUUCCACGUGAUGCGGAAGUUUUCGUGAAGGUUCUUCAAUCCAUGAUUCUGAAAGCUGUUCUCCCUGUAUGGACACAUCAACAAUUCACCGACUGUAGUGACGAUUUCAUUGCUACCUUGAUAUCUAUUAUUCGUCAUGUUUUCUCUGGGGUUGAAGUUAGAAGUGUAAGCAGUACAGGAUCACGUCCCUCUGGUCCUCCCCCAAAUGAAACAACUAUAUCCACAAUUGUAGAAAUGGGAUUUUCCAGAGCUCGAGCAGAGGAGGCUCUGAGACAGGUGGGGUCAAACAGCGUGGAGUUGGCAAUGGAGUGGCUGUUCUCACAUCCAGAAGAAGUUCAAGAAGAUGAUGAACUUGCUCGUGCACUUGCUAUGUCUCUUGGUAAUUCUGGAACAGACACAAAAGAAGCUACUACAAAUGAAAGUAGUCAACAGAUUGAAGAGGAAACCGUGCAGCUGCCCCCUGUUGAUGACCUGCUGUCUACUUGCAAAAAGCUUCUAGAAAUGAAGGAUUCUCUUGCCUUUCCGGUUCGGGAUCUUCUUGCAAUGAUAUGCUCUCAAGAUGAAGGUCGAUACAGGUCCAAUGUUAUAUCGUUUAUUCUAGAACAGGUGAAGCUUUGCAGUGCCAAUGCUGAUGGUGGAAAGAACAACAUGCUAUCCUCCCUCUUUCAUGUCCUCGCUUUGAUUCUUAACGAGGAUAAGGAUGCAAGAGAAGUUGCUUCCAAGAGUGGUCUGGUUAAGGUUGCAGCAGAUCUUUUGUCGGAGUGGAACUCCAAUGAGAAACUGAUUGUUCCUAAAUGGGUGACAGCCGCUUUUCUUGCUAUCGACAGGCUGGCGCAGGUUGAUCAAAAGUUGAAUGCUGAUAUUUCAGAGUUGUUGAAGAAAGAGGAUGUGGGCAACCAGAAUUCUGUUGUUGUGAUCGAUGAGGACAAGCAAAAUAAGUCCAUGGGAUUAUCCUCAAAGCAUAUUGAUGUGGAUGAACAGAAGAGGUUUGUUGAGAUAUCAUGUGGGUAUUUAACGAAGCAGCUUCCUGCUGAAACGAUCCAUGCUGUUCUGCAACUCUGCUCUACACUUACAAGAACUCACUCUGUUGCUGUUAGCUUUUUAGAUGCUGGGGGUUUGCCUUUGCUGUUAUCUUUGCCUACAAGCAGUCUGUUUGUUGGGUUUGAUAAUGUUGCUGCUACUAUUAUUCGCCAUAUUCUUGAAGAUCCACAGACUCUCCAACAGGCCAUGGAAAGUGAAAUCCGCCAUAGUAUUCUGACAGCUGCCAACCGACAGUCUAACGGAAGGCUCACACCCCGUAAUUUUUUGUUAAAUCUGACUUCUGUCAUCUCAAGGGAUCCUGUGGUUUUUAUGCGGGCUGCACGAUCUGUGUGCCAAAUUGAAAUGGUUGGUGAGCGGCCGUAUGUUGUCUUGCUAAAAGACCGUGAGAAGGAUAAGGUUAAAGAAAAAGAGAAGGAGAAAGAUAAAGAGAGAGGAGAAGAAAAAGAUAAGCCACAAACUCCUCAAACUGAUGGUAAGUUGACAUUGGGUAAUGCCAAACUACCCGAGGGAAAUGCUAAGAAUGCAAAAGUUCAUCGGAAGCCUCCUCAAAGUUUUGUUACAGUAAUUGAGCUGCUUUUGGAAUCAGUUAUUACUUUUGUACCUCCUCCAGAAGACAAGGCAGAGGGUUCUUCGGUGGCUGAUAUGGAAAUUGAUGUUGCUUUAAGUAAGAGUAAGGGAAAAGCUAUUGCCUCAGCAACCGAAGAGAACGGAGAUAAUGGCCAGGAAUCAUCUGCAUCUUUGGCUAAGGUUGUAUUCAUAUUGAAGCUCUUGAAGGAAAUUCUGUUAAUGUAUGGUCCAUCUGUUCAUGUUCUGUUACGAAAAGAUGCUGAAGUUAGCAGCAGUCAUGGUCAUGGUGGGGGCAUAUUUCACCACAUUCUUUGUAAGUUUCUUCCUCACCUGAGGAGUUCCAAAAGGGAAAAGAAGUCGGAUGCAGACUGGAGGCACAAGCUAGCAGGCAGAGCCAGCCAGUUGUUGGUGGCUGCUUGCGUGCGUUCCACAGAAGCAAGGAAGAGAAUAUUCAUAGAGAUCAAUAACGCCUUCAGUGAUUUUGUUGAUAGUUGUAAAGUUCACAGGCCUCCUGGAAAUGAUAUCCAGGCUUUUGUUGAUCUGCUUGGUGAUGUACUGGCUGCCCGCUCGCCUACCGGCUCUUCAAUUUCAGGAGAAGCUUCUGUUACGUUUAUCGAUGUGGGUCUUGUGAGAUUGCUUACACGGACUCUUCAAAUGUUGGAUCUGGAUCAUGCUGAUUCCAUAAAGAUUGUACCAGGGCUUGUAAAGGUUCUGGAGUUGGUCACCAAAGAACAUGUUCAUGCUGCUGAGGCUAAUACCACAAAGGGUGAGAAUUCAACAAAAGCUCCUGAUCAUGGCCAACCUGGGGGAACGGAUCAUACUGGUGAUAUAGAUACAUCUCAGUCCACAGAAACUGCAGCUUUACCUAAUUCAAGCUCCGCACCUACUGAAGUUGCUGAGGGCUUUAGCACUGUUCAAACCUAUGGCGGAUCUGAGGCGGUUACUGAUGACAUGGAACAUGAUCAGGAUAUUGACGGAGGCUUCGCCCCUCCAAGCGAAGAUGAUUACAUGCAUGAAAAUUCUGAGGAUGCAAGGGGACUUGAAAAUGGACUUGGUUCUGUUGGAAUACGAUUUGAAAUCCAACCUGAUAUUCGUGAGAGCCUUGAUGAAGAUGACGAGGAUAUGUCGGGUGAUGAAGGAGAUGAGGUUGAUGAGGAUGAAGAUGACGGACACAAUGAUCUGGAAGAAGAUGAAGUCCAUCACUUGCCGCAUCCAGACACCGAUCAAGAUGAUCAUGAAAUUGAAGAUGAGUUUGACGAGGACAUGAUCGAGGAAGAAGAUGAAGACGACGAAGACGAUGAUGGUGGAGUUAUACUAAGAUUGGGUGAGGGAAUGAAUGGCAUAAAUGUAUUGGACCAUAUUGAGGUAUUUGGUAGAGACCAUAGUUUUUCCAACGAUACCCUCCAUGUGAUGCCUGUUGAAGUAUUUGGUUCCAGACGCCAAGGCCGGACCACAUCCAUCUAUAAUCUUUUGGGGAGAUCAGGUGAUAGCUCUGUUGCGUCUCAGCAUCCUCUUCUAAUGGAGCCUUCUUCAUCACGUGCAGUCUCUUCCAGACAAGCAGAUAAUGGUCGUGAUGGGCACAUUGAAAGAAAUUUAGAGUCAUCCUCGUCGCGGUUAGAUUCGAUUUUCAGGUCUUUGAGGAACGGCCGCCAUGGACAGCAUGGACACCGUCUUAGCAUGUGGAAUGAUGACCAGCAAAGCGGUGGGUCCAACGCAUCCAGCAUCCCUGUAGGCCUUGAAGAUUUGUUGGUUUCUCAUUUGAGGCGUCCGACUCCUGAGAAGCCCUCUGAUCAAGACAAAGUGGAGGAGGGUCAGCAGACGAAAAACGAGUCCCAAGAAUCACCUGGGAUGGUGCCUGAAACUGAAACCGAAACUGCUGGUGAAAGCAGCAGCGGUACUGGUAAUGAUGAUCAACUUCCUCCUCCUCCUCCUCCUCCUCCUCCUUUGAAUGGCUCUGGAAGCACACCUGCAGUAGAUGAUGAAUCUCAAGAAGGGGGCACAGAUGCAACUUUGGGACAGCCUCAUGAUAUGCAGUUUGAGAACAACGAUAGUGGUGUGCGGGAUGUCGAGGCUGUGAGCCAAGAAAGCAGUGGAAGUGGAGCUACAUUAGGAGAAAGCCUUCGGAGUUUGGAUGUUGAAAUUGGAAGCGCUGAUGGCCAUGACGAUGGUCCCACAAGGAGAACAAAUGUAUCAAUAAACGCGAGAGAUGCAUCCCUUCAUAGUGUAACAGAAGUUAGUCAAGAAACAGACCAAAGUGAUCCUGCUGAGGAUGCACCACGUGAUGCUGCUGCUGCUGGUUCUGCACCAAUCGACCCUGCAUUUCUGGAUGCGCUUCCUGAAGAGCUACGAGCUGAGGUUCUUUCAGGCCGACAGGGACCGGUGGCGCCACAGCCACCUGCAACCAGCGAACCACCAAACGAUGGAGACAUAGACCCUGAGUUCCUUGCAGCACUUCCUCCAGACAUCCGGGCAGAAGUUUUGGCACAGCAACAAGCACAAGGUGCUCACCGAGCCCAAGAAUUGGAAGGUCAACCCGUGGAGAUGGAUACUGUAUCCAUAAUAGCCACAUUCCCUUCAGAACUAAGGGAAGAGGUUCUUUUAACUUCAUCUGAUGCGGUUCUUGCUAAUCUGACACCUGCUCUUGUUGCGGAGGCAAAUAUGUUGCGAGAGAGGUUUGCACGUCGUUACAAUCGGACACUUUUUGGUAUGUUCCCAAGAAGCAGGAGGGGUGAGUCUUCUAGAAGAGGGGAAGGAGCUGGAUCCAGCAUGGAUAGAAGUGGUGGGAUCAUUACCCGUAGGUCAAGUGGAAGUAAGCCUGUUGAAACUGAUGGAGCUCCUCUAGUUGACCAAGAAGAUCUUAAAGCAAUGAUUCGGUUGCUUCGUGUAGUUCAGCCACUAUAUAAACCUCAGCUCCAGAGACUGCUCUUGAAUUUGUGUGCUCAUGGUGACACCCGUUCUUCUGUGGUAAAGAUAUUGAUGGACCUAUUGUUGCUUGAUAUAAGAAAGCCUGGAAAUAACUUGAAUGCUUCCGAGCCAUCAUAUAGACUUUAUGCAUGCCAAAGUCAUGUCAUGUAUUCUCGUCCUCAGUGCUUUGAUGGGGUCCCUCCAUUGGUGUCACGCCGUGUUCUAGAAACUUUGACGUAUUUGGCCAGGAAUCAUACAUUUGUUGCAAAACUUUUGCUUCAGUUCAGAUUCCCUCCGGAGUCCCAUACUCCUUCUGAUAAGUCUCAUGGAAAAGCCAUCAUGGUUGUUGAAGAUAAUGAAACAGAAAAGCAGCAGGGGGAUUUCUUGGCCAUAACAAUGCUGUUGAGCCUCUUGAAUCAACCGCUUUAUUUGAGAAGUAUUGCACAUCUUGAGCAGCUGCUGAACUUGUUAGAUGUGAUCAUUGACAAUGCGGAAAGCAAGCAAGCUCCUGCUCCCGUAUCUGUUCCUGAAGAAUCACCUGCUCAGAUGUCCACAUUAAAUGCUGAUGAUGCUGGUGGCUCAGGCUCAAAUACCAAAUCACCCAAAGCGGAUCAUGUCUCUAAGCCCUCAUCUUCUGGUGCUAAUACAGAAUAUGACUCCCACACUGUGCUGCUAAGUUUGCCACAAGCAGAGCUGCGGCUUCUAUGCUCAUUGCUUGCACGUGAAUGUUUGUCGGAUAAUGCAUACGCUCUUGUGGCGGAAGUACUGAAGAAGCUGGUGACAAUCGCACCACAUCACUGUCAUUUAUUCAUAACAGAGCUAGCUGGAGCCAUGAAGAAUCUUACAACAUCUGCUAUGGAUGAAUUACGCCGAUUCGGUGAAAUUGAGAAAGCACUUAUUACAACUACUGCUUCAGAUGGAGCAGCAAUUUUAAGGGUGAUACAGGCAUUAAGCUCACUUGUUACUUCACUUAAUAAUCAAGAGAAAGACGAGACAGUUGCUGAAACGGAUCAAGCUGCGGCCCUUUCUCUUGUUGGGAACAUAAAUGCAGCUUUAGAGCCUUUGUGGACAGAGUUGAGCACAUGCAUAAGCAAAAUAGAAAGCUAUUCAGAUGCGUCUUCACCUUCAGCUUCGCCUUCUUCAGCGGAUAUGUCGGAGUCAUUGACAUCAAGACCUUCGGGUGCAAUGCCUCCACUUCCAGCUGGCACUCAGAACAUCUUGCCAUAUAUCGAGUCUUUCUUUGUUAUGUGUGAGAAGCUGCACCCUGGGAGUCCACAGGAUUUCGGUAUUAUGGAAGAGGCGACGACUUCAAAAGUUGAUGAGAAGCAUGUGGUGUUUGUCAAGUUCUCAGAGAAGCAUAGGAAGCUUCUGAAUGCAUUCAUCCGCCAAAACCCUGGACUGCUUGAAAAAUCCUUCUCCCUUAUGCUGAAGGUCCCCCGUUUUAUUGAUUUCGACAACAAGCGGUCUCAUUUUAGAUCAAAAAUCAAACAUCAACAUGAUCACCAUCACAGUCCUUUGAGAAUCUCUGUAAGACGCGCAUACAUACUUGAAGAUUCAUAUAAUCAGCUGCGGAUGAGAUCCACGCAAGAUCUCAAGGGUAGGCUGACUGUUCACUUCCAAGGAGAAGAAGGGAUUGAUGCAGGUGGACUUACAAGGGAAUGGUAUCAGCUUUUAUCAAGGGUUAUUUUCGACAAGGGAGCUCUGCUGUUUACAACUGUUGGCAACGACUCAACAUUCCAGCCAAACCCUAAUUCCGUUUAUCAGACAGAACAUCUCUCAUACUUCAAGUUUGUUGGAAGAGUGGUUGGGAAAGCACUGUUUGAUGGUCAGUUGCUUGAUGUUCAUUUCACAAGAUCGUUCUACAAGCACAUCCUCGGUGUGAAAGUGACAUACCAUGAUAUUGAAGCCAUUGAUCCGGGUUACUUCAAGAACUUGAAGUGGAUGCUAGAGAAUGAUAUCAGUGAUAUUCUGGAUCUAACAUUUAGUAUCGAUGCGGAUGAAGAAAAGCUGAUAUUGUGCGAAAGAACAGAGGUGACGGAUUACGAGCUGAUCCCUGGUGGAAGAAAUAUUCGAGUGACGGAGGAAAACAAACAUAAAUACGUGGAUUUGAUUGCGGAGCAUAGAUUAACGACAGCCAUACGCCCUCAAAUCAAUGCUUUCUUGGAAGGUUUUACGGAGUUGAUUCCCCGCGACUUGAUAUCCAUCUUUCAUGAUAAGGAGUUGGAGCUCUUGAUUAGUGGCCUUCCAGAUAUUGACUUGGAUGACAUGAAGGCCAAUACAGAGUAUUCUGGGUAUAGUGCUGCAUCUCCGGUUAUCCAGUGGUUUUGGGAGGUUGCUCAAGCUUUCAGCAAAGAAGACAAAGCCCGUCUCUUGCAAUUUGUCACUGGUACCUCAAAGGUGCCUUUAGAAGGAUUCAGUGCUUUGCAAGGCAUCUCUGGAUCUCAAAAGUUUCAGAUUCACAAAGCAUAUGGACGACCUGACCAUUUGCCCUCAGCUCACACCUGUUUCAAUCAGUUGGAUUUACCAGAAUAUCCUUCCAAGGAGCAUCUGGAGGAGAGGCUGCUGCUUGCAAUUCAUGAAGCCAAUGAAGGAUUUGGUUUUGGUUAAAAGAGAUAAGAGAUGUAGAUAAAAAAAAUUUUCAUGUCCUUUUCAACACGGGAUUCAAGCAGUGUUGAUAUACUUACUUGCUUAUUGUACAGUUUCGGUUUGUUAAAAUUGAAACUUGUUCUUAAUUAAUUAAUUUCCUUGGUUGGGUUGCUGCCAAUUAAUUAUAUCAUGUUAUCUUUAGAUUACAAGUUGGAUGGAAGGAUUUUUGCUAAAAUUGUAUAUUGGACAACGGCUUUAGAAAUUGCAUAUUAGUGAUUUCAGCAAAUCUAUUUGUUUAUCAAUUAUCAUGUCAACGUUCAUCCC